AUAUUCUGUGCUGUUUGGGUACGAAUAAAAUCAUGCUUGACACACUAGACUCCUGAAAAUAUAUAACCACUUGAGUAUUUAUUGAAUAACUCUUUCAAUUCUAGAUACGUUGGAAGAGUCAAUGAUGCCUUGAAAUGGUACUUCCUUGGAGAAUUUGUGGUCAAAUCUUAUCAUAUAACAGUGACGCUCUCGAACGUGCUUGAAGCAACCAAUUGGAGAGAUUUAAUUUAUUACAUUCCCUUUAUGUUAUCGGUAGUUGUUCAAGUUUUUGUGAUUUACUAUCAUGUCAAUGAGUUAUUUUUGAAGAGCACAAAUUUGGGCAUGAGAAUAUACAAGGGCAAUUGGUAUGACCAAACUUCUGAAGUGACGAAGAGUCUUUUGAUUGUGAUGUCCAGAGUGCAAAGACCAUUUGUACUCAGUAUCGGCAAUUUUCGAGUGAUCGACAAUGAUCUGUUAGUGAGCAUGACCCAAGCUGCUUAUACGUUCGUAUUGUAUCAGAUGAUUUAG